UAACGAGGGGGGGAAAUGGAGUAAGAAAGAAAACAGUCCGUCAAGCGAUGGUGGUGUCGGCGGCCGAAUGUGCCGGACCGGUACGGUUUGAUCCGCAACGGUGAUCCUGACCCAUCGAAGGGAUGCAACGCGACGGCUUGUUGUUUCUGCCAUGGAUGAGAAAGUAAAGGGCCCAGCACCCGUGCUGACGGCAAAGCAAGUGGAGCGAUGGCGUUGGAUCAUCGCCUUCUCCUGCGCGGGGAUGAACUUCUUCCACCGGGGUCUCAUCCGAUCCAUGGCUGUUGUCUACGUGCAGCUCAUUCAAACGUUCGGAAUCACCCGGGAAGAAGCUGCUCUGCCCCUCAGUCUUGUCGCUGUCAUCUCAGGCUGUUCAGGCCUCUCCGUUGGAAUCCUCACCCAUUACCUCAACGACCGUCUCCUGGUCGUGCUGGGAACACUGGUCUCUUCCUUAGGCUUGAUAUUAUGUUAUACUGCGACUAACAUCACCCAGGUUAACGUCUACUAUAGCAUCAGUCAAGGAUUGGGAGGAGGCCUGGUUUUCACACUAACAGCAGUCAUUUUGAACAAUGUGUUCAAGAAGAACCGGGCCACAGCGUCGGGGAUCAAUCUCUCAGGUCCCACGCUGGUGUCCUUUAUCUUCCCGAUACUUUUCCAGUACUGCUCGCAAAAGUACGGCCUGCGAGGCGCCUUCCUCAUAGCUGGAGGCUUCACACUUAAUGCCCUUCCGGCUGCUCUGUUGCAAAGCAACAAGCUUCGCAGGCCACCAGAAGCCAACAAGGAAGUCAGCGAAGCUGAAGUCAUCAGCAAUCCGCGGUACGACUGCGAGAUCAACAUGACAGGAAGUACGUUCACGUUGGCAGAUGUGCCUGGAAGUACAUCCGAUAUUCCCAGUAAAGUACUGGCCGCAAGAAAUGCAGCAAGAAACCUCCGUCAAGGAUGCAAGGACUCCGUUGUAGAAAAGGAGAAACUCCUGGAGAGCAAGAUCUUAGACGACAAGAGAAACCCGCUUAUCUUGAACAACGCAGGCAGUCUGAUCGUGUCUGGAGGCGAGAAAGACGGGCAGCAGGUUUUAACCCGAAGCAUUACCAAGAACCUGCUUUGCGGUUCGAAAGAAGUACUUCCCGAACAGAAGAAAUCAGCAAAUACAAACAACAACCCCCCUGCUCCCUCAAUAAUGCAGGCAGCACAAGAUGCACAGUCUGUGAUACAGCGAUCGGGAACCAAGAACUCGCGACCAGUGUCUCGGGAUUUCUCUGCUGAAAAAGAGAAGCUUCUGGAUUCACAGCUCAGCGAUAAGAAACCCACUAUGCUGAUAGCCAACGGAACAACGGCUCCAAACAGUCGCAAAGAUCAAGAGGUACCCGUGGACUACCCAGAAGCGUUCAACUCGGUUGACAGACCGCCAAGCAUUCCUAAAGUAAAGGGAAAGUUACCCAGUAUGAACGACAAGCUGUCCAAAGUACGUGGGGUAUUAGAGAUGUUCCAGGAACUCCUGAGCUCUCCAUAUUUCAUUCUUGUCUGCCUGUCGCAAAUCUCGCACGUCUUCACGCAUGGUACAUUCAUCACGAUUAUAAUCGAUUACGCCAAAGACCACGGCAUUCCACCUGACCAGGGGAUCUACAUCCUUCUCGCCAAUUCUGUGGGAGACUUGAUUGGCCGUCUCGGCCUGGGCUGGAUAUCUGAUAAGAAGCUGAUCGAGAGGAGAAAUAUGAUGGUCUUCAACUAUCUGGUCACUGGAGUCCUGAUGCACAUCGCACCCUACUGUUAUACCUACACGUCAUUGACCAUCCUGGCCGUCACCAUGGCUCUGUCAGGGGGCAGCACUAUUACCCUGUUCUCUGUGUUGUUCCUGGAAUACUUAGGCAUCCGUCUCAUGCCCCUAGCUUAUGGCCUCAGUAACUGCAUCACUGGAAACGCUACCUUCUUCAGACCUAGGCUGAUUGGAUAUUACAGAGACGCCGCGGGAGAGUACGAUGACUUCUUCCGCCUGCUUGGCAGCUUCCAGCUUUUCGUGUCGUUCCUCUGGCUCUUGGCGUGCUUCUACGAGAGGAACAAGGCGAACAAGAACAAGAAGGGGACCGAUUGCCCCAAAGGUAUGGUGUGAAGAGGCGAAUGACUCCGACUGUCAGUUCGGAAGAGCUUAUCAAUAACCACGCCACCUAGCGAACAAAGUUUGCAACGCAAGACAACAAGAUAUUGAGAGACACCAGAGAAGUUUAUCGCUGUUCACGGUGGCUGUCACACGUUGCUAGCGAAAAGCACCAGUAAAGCUGUGUCAAAGUCGUUGCACAUUGUUGCGAAGUCACACACGCUAAGAACUGCCACGGGCGGCUGCUGUGCCCAACACAAUGUUGUCAGAUGACCAGCACUGAUGUUAUAGUACUUUGUCCAGAGGUUAUCGAGUGAUCAUAUUGCAUGUACCGUUAGGAUGUUUUCCGUUUGAUCGAAAUGCGCGCGAGGUAAUAAUAAGAUAAGCAGGCUCUUAGAAUACCUCGUUAAGCAUGCCAGAAGCAGAUUAAUGUGAGUGUAGCGAAAUACACACAAGAACGAAUGUAAUAAAUUGUUCGUAUAUCUAUUUUUUGAACUGAACAAUGUAGUUAUCGAUAUCACACCAGCUACUGUGUCUCUACGGUUGUGUCUAAGUUCGGGUGCUGAGUAUAGUGUUUGAAUGUCCUUAGCCCGACAAAUCGGGCAUAGCGUGUAGAUAGAUUCUUCCCCUCUUAGUGUGAUAAGUUAUUUCCAGGUAGAUAUGCAAGGCAUGUAACUCAAGUACAAAUGCAUUUAACAUGACUGUUCGUAACGAAGAUAAGUGGGAGCAACCGUGUGUCACUUACAAAUGAAAGAUGAUGACAGAAUCAUAUGAGAUAUUUAACUACACUUUUGCCAUAUGACACAAACAUAUGUAAUGACUAUAUUGCUGUUACAGAUUUUUAGCUUCUAUAUACUUGCUACAAUGUUGUAGAGACUGUACAUUCUGUGAAUGUUAUAAUUUAUCCUUGAAUUCAAUUUUUUUUGUUUGUUUGCAGUCAAAUAAGCAUGUUACUUCAACUCAGCUACUAGUGUUGACAAUGUUGAACAAGUUAAUUACUAUGAAAAACAAUAAACAUGUUGGCC